CAUCUCAGCCCUCUGCUCUGCUUCUCCUCCGUGCUUCGGCGCCUAGCAGCCUGCUCCUGCCCCCGCCGCCGCCGCCGCCGUGCAGGGACAGCCGGAGCAGGAGCAGCGCCGCCCGCCUUUAUCGUCACCCGCCAUGGCCGACAAGGAGAACUCCGCCGCCGCCGCUGUUGCCGCCGCCCCGCCGCGCCUCACCCGCGCCGCAGCCAAGCGCGCCGCCGCCGUCACGGCCGUGGCCGUCGCCGCCAAGCGCAAGCGCGUCGCGCUUACCCAGCUGCCCACGCACCCCAACGCCGUGCACGACGACUACUACGAUGACGGCGACGACGACGACAAGCCCGUCAGGAAGCAGCAGCACCUCCUCGUCCCCGCCGCCAAGCCCAAGCCCAAGGCAGCGCCCGCGCCUGCCGCCGCCUCUGACGAGGAGGCGGAGGAUCCGCAGCUCUGCAAGCCCUACGCCUCCGACAUCUACUCCUACCUCCGCUCCAUGGAGUCGCAGCCCAAGCGCCGCCCCGCCGCGGACUACAUCGCCGCGGUGCAGGUCGACGUCACGCCUAACAUGCGCGCCAUCCUCGUCGACUGGCUCGUCGAGGUCGCCGAGGAGUACAAGCUCGUCUCCGACACGCUCUACCUCACCGUCUCCUACGUCGACCGCUUCCUCUCCGCCAACGCCCUCAACAGGCAGAGGCUGCAGCUCCUCGGCGUCUGCGCCAUGCUCGUCGCAUCCAAGUAUGAGGAGAUCAGCCCGCCCAAUGUGGAGGAUUUCUGCUACAUCACCGAUAACACCUACACCAAGCAGGAGGUAGUUAAGAUGGAGAGUGAUAUACUGAAUGUCCUCAAGUUUGAGGUGGGCAAUCCUACCCCCAAGACGUUCCUGAGGAUGUUCAUCAGAUCUGCCCAAGAAGACAACAAUAAGUGUCCUAGCCUCCAGCUGGAGUUCCUGGGUAACUACCUGUGUGAGCUGAGCUUGCUGGACUACAGCUUGCUUCGCUUCUUGCCAUCACUUGUUGCAGCCUCAGUGGUGUUUGUUGCAAGGCUGACCCUUGAUCCACACACCAAUCCCUGGAGCAAGAAGAUGCAGACACUAACUGGCUACAAGCCAUCUGAGUUGAAGGACUGUGUUGCUGCCAUACAUCAUAUGCAGCUCAACCGGAAAUAUUCAUCCAUGAUGGCGAUCCGGGAGAAAUACAAGCAACACAAGUUCAAGGGUGUAUCAGCUUUGCUACCUCCUGUUGAGAUCCCAGCAUCAUACUUCAAGAAACUGAAGGAGUAGGUGUUCCUGGAUAAUCUAGUAAAGCCAAGCACACAGCUUUCCUCAAGCAAGAUGUGCAAUGGCUAAGGUUGUAAGGGUACUGCGGGUUCUUGGAUGCUGCAUCUAGGCUCGGGUAGGAGCAUUCAGAGUUGAUUUGUUUGAAGUUCAGGCGCAAUAUAAGGCUAGGCGUGUCACAUUUUGUAUUUGUGUAUCAUAAUUAUACAUUACAACCAGGUGUCUUUAUUUGUUGAGGGCACAAUUCCAAAAUUUUCAUUUGUUGGCUCUUCUUCCA